AUGGCAGAUUCCGGUACUUCUCUUCAUUCAUCGGGGAGUGAACGCGAGUCGAACAGGGUCAGCUGUCACUCCAACCACGCCGACGCUGACGUCGAGGCCAAAGCCAAUAAUACGCAGCGCAGGAAGCUUCAAAACCGGAAUAAUCAAAGAGCACACCGGCUGCGGAUGAAGCAGCAAGUCUCGAUGUCUUCACGGACGUUGUCGCGCCCAUUUGAAGUCAGACGCUGGCGCCUCGACGAAUUCGAUAAUGACGCCUCUCAGAACGUCUCGUCAGCAUCAGGAAGCGAAUCAAAACCUGCCGCCGAAUGCGCUUGCGUUAUUCAAGGGCCACUGUCGCCCACCGCCGCCAAUGCCCAGAAGCCUCUAAACCCCCCGUCCUUCAUCUUCCCACUUUCAACCGACCACCUCCUCCAUCUCGUCCAGUACAAUGUCUUUCGCGCUUUCGUUGCGAACAAACGCACUCUCAACAUACUUCUCACAGGCCAAACUAAUAAGCCUUCUUCUCCAACCACCUGUCCAAUCAGCGGUCCUUACCGUGAUGACACUUGUGUCUAUCCCCUGAAUCCUAAUAUUCCACCCUGCCUCAUCCCAACCCGCCUUCAGCAAAUCCGGCUGCAUUCUCUGUACAUCAAUCUCUUUCCAUUCCCUCGCUUUCGUGACAAUCUAAUAAGGCACGAAGGGGAAUUUGACCACUGGGAGCUUCUACAAGACCUCAUCGGUGAGCUCAUGAGCAUGACACCGACUCGAGAGCGACAAGGUACCCCCGUCACCAUCACCGUUUCCGACCCCAAGCCCAAAGGGACCUCCCCCUUCACCGCAGAAUCUCACGAAGAUGGCAUCACUGCGAACCGCAAGGGCCUCAUUGUUUGGGGCGAGCCGCACGACAUACGGAGCUGGGAGGCCACCCCCGGCUUUCUUGAGAAGUGGUCGUGGGCAGUGGAGGGAUCUGAUGACUUGGUUGAAGCUAGUAAUUGCUGGAGGCUGAAGAGAGGAGAAGCUCCCAUACGUCUCUCUGGACCGAGGAGGUAG